CGGUUCUAAAAACAGCAACAACAAAAAAACAGAGCAACAAAAUGUGCUUAAACAUCAAUAAGGAAGGGCUUGUGCGCACAACAUUUUGCAAUCAUUUCCUUUCCCUAAUCACAGUUGAACAUGUUAAAACUUGACUAUUACAUUCGGGGAGGGUGACACGAACACAACUUCACAGCAACAAAAUCUGAGAGCUAUAAUGGAGGAUGAAUUUGAAUUUGACUUUGACUUUAAUAACACUGAGUGUGAAAACUGUACAUUUGUGGUGGACCCCAAAGACCUGGUAUCUACCUUAGGUGUACAGCAUUGGGUUGCUCUGAUCUGCUACAGCAUUGUCUUCCUGCUGGGGGUCCCGGGCAAUGGUCUGGUGGUUUGGGUGACUGCAUUCAGAAUGCCAAACUCGGUCAACGCACAGUGGUUUCUAAAUCUGGCCAUCGCUGAUCUGUUGUGCUGCCUAUCUCUGCCUAUGCUGAUGGUACCGCUCGCUCAAGACCAGCAUUGGCCUUUUGGUCCUUUGGCUUGCAAAGUACUACAUGGUCUGUUCUACAUGAUGAUGUACUGCAGCGUUCUGCUUUUGGUCGUGAUCAGCUUGGAUCGCCUUUUACUGGUGACCAAACCCGUGUGGUGUCAGAACCACAGGAAUACGAAGGUAGCCCGGUGCACCUGCUUGGCCGUUUGGCUGCUGGCUCUCUUGGGUAGCUCUCCGCAGUUUGCGCAUAGACAGGAAAAAGAACUAAGUAUGACUAAAAAAUAUUGUGUGGUAAUGCUGUUUCAUAGCCAUGGUCAAGCCCUGGCUGUGACUCUCUCUCGCUUUCUCCUGUCUUUUGUGUUACCCUUCUUGAUCAUCUGUGUCAGCCACUGGAAGGUUUACCAGACGUCAAAGUUUGGACAUGGCCACCGCGGCAAUAACAAGUCAGCCCGGACGCUGCGUGUCAUUCUUGUUCUGGUGUCUACCUUUUUCCUGUGCUGGAUUCCUCUGCACAUUGUGGAUAUCCUUGAAAUAAUACUGCAGGAUAAAUGAGCAUUACAACCCAACCUGCGUUUAGCCCAGGUGUUAACGCUUUGCUUGGCUUACAUUAACAGCUGUCUGAAUCCUCUACUCUACGUGUGUCUCGGACGUGGUUUCAAAGAAAAUCUAAUAAGUUCACUGCGUAGUGUGCUUCACUUUGCAUCCGAGGCACCGAUCUCUCGAAAUACCAUGACUGCAAGCUCUAAAACAACCACAGACGGCAACAUCUGUAGAGAAAAAUCCCAAAUGAACAUUUACACUUCAACCAGGAUAUAGGAGACAUCGUUUUCUCAGUACAACAGUAAUGAGGAUUUUUUUCCCCAAAUCUGUGGCCCUUCGUGAUUCAUACAAUGCAAGUCCAGAGCUAGAGUCAAGUAAAAACCGGCCACACAAAAUGAAUCCUACUGACAAUAUUUUGAAAUCUUAGAAGAAAAAAACAACCCGUCUUUUCAAGAAACUGAAAAUUGUUGACAGCAUUGGAACCUAAUUCAUAACCUCAGCCAAAUGGUGCUGAAUCAUCGUCACCAAGCACCGCAGUUUCAACUAGAAAUCCUGUAUUUGUUAAAUUACACAUCCACUUUAAAAUGUCUAUGGAGAAAUGUAUCUUGUGACAACAUUUGUUCAGUGACAACAUUUGUACAGUGCUAGAUGAUUAUUAUUUUUUUAAUAAAUAAAGUAUUUUGCAGUAUAAGAUUGUUAAACAAUCGCUUGAUUUGUAAAACCAAACAAAUAACUAGCUUUUACAGGAUAAUUAAAUUAAGAUUAGGACCACUAAGAGGACCAUAGAGUCUCUGUGUCUUUAACUUAGUGGUUAUGUAGGCUAUGUGCUUGACAACGCACUAGAGGUCAACAAGUUUAUUUGUAACCCUAAAUUUAAACAUAGAAGAUUAAGUUUAUUUUAAUAAAUAAGAAUAAUGCAAUUACUUAUAGAUUUAUUUAAAAACAAUAAAAUUUGCAAAUGCCUCAUGCCCAAAAUGCUAAAAUUAUUAGCCAUAAGUCUCAACUAGUUUUGAUCAAAAUUUCAUUUGACAAAUACUAUUGUCAAAAAUGUACAAAUUACUGCAUUAUUAAUACUGCUAAAAGAUUUUGAAAUAUGAAGACUAGGCUCUUAGAGGUUCCCAAUUAUAUACAGGAUGUCAAAAUAUUUGUGUUUUAAACAUGUAAAGCCAGUUAAAUGGGCAAUGACAUUUUAGAAAAUUGUUCUCACUUAUUCUUUUCUCAAUGCAGUUUCCACAAAACAAACAAAAAAUAUAUUAAAUAGUUAAAUAUAAACAUUUGGACCCACCUGUGGGCCGGUGACAGUCAAGGGAUUUUAAAGGAAUUAAACUGAAAAAAGAAAACAUUUUCAUAUGUCAGCAUAGCAACAACAAUAUUGCUAAUGUUUGUACACGUCCAUAAUACGCUAUUAAACAUUUAGGCGUGUAUUUGCAACUACGAUUUUUCCAUAUAAGAGCAUUUUUGCUCUGUCAACAUAAUGCUAAAUUUAUCACUCAUGGAAAAUGAACAAUACAAAAUGUUGAGCAAUGAUUACAUUUCAUAAUCAACCUUUCCUGCAAGUGUACUAUAUAAAACUGCAAUGCUUUGUUGUUCCCUUUGUUUCUAUUUCAUGUAAAUCUGCUUUGAAAUGAUGAACAAUUGUAAAAAGCGCUAUAUAAAUUGUACUGAAUAGUUUUUAUUUUUGUAUUACAGUUUUUGUGUUUCGCAAACCUGAAACCAAGGCUUGUUGUUCUGUUGUAUAUAUAAUUACUUACUGUGGUAGGGAGCUAUUGAAAUGUUUCUUUGAUCAGACUGAAAAUAUGAGGUAACUUUGUGUCCCAAUUAAUUUGUUGUCCUGGAUCCACUGCACCAUUUUUGUAUCUAUAAAUAAAGUUUUUUUAUCAGUCCA